AUGGCUCAGAUGGCGAAAUCAAUGAUAGAAGUGGAGAUCAAUGUGUCAGCUGAUAAGAUGUUCCAAGCGAUCAAGGCAACUUCGCGGAGCGUACCAAAACUAUCUCCAGAGAAAAUACUUAGCGUCGAGGAGCAAACUGGUGAUGACUGUAAAGGCACCAAGAACUGGACUUUAUCUGUCGAUGGAAAAGUGGAGAAGAUGAAGGAGAGAGUCGAAAUAGACGAGGAGAACAAAUCAAUGACUGUGUUUGUGUUCGAUGGAGAUGUGAUGGAGAAUUACAGUAGUUUCAAAUGCAACCUUCAGAUUAUACCGAAGCUCCAUGGAAGAAGUAUAGCGAAAUGGAGCUGGGAAUACGAGAAGCUUAACUCGGAUUCUCCAGCGCCGAACAAGUAUAUGGAUUUCGCUGCUUAUCUCACCAAAGAUAUUGAAACUAAUCUUCUCAAAACAUAG